AGAGAGCAAACGCGGCAGCCGUUAAGUAGACUGUGUGAGCGGUGCUGAGCACAAAAUCCGAAAACCAGUUGUGUGUUUAGUUUAUCAGUUGCGUUGUUUAGCAAAAGACACACACAGUCAUUUGCUAAAGCUAUUCAAAACAAUCGCAUCGAACAGUGCGAGUAAAUUUUUCCUGUGCUCCCAACACAUUUCGACGAACAAUCAGCACAAAAUUCAUUGAAAUAGUGACUGUAGGCAUUUGUUUUGAUUUAAAUUUUUACAGUAGCAUAUUCUGACAUAAACAGGAAAACAAAAGCAAAUUUGUGAACGAAGAAGAGAGAAAAUUUGAAAUCAUUGCGGUUGUGAAAUAGACGAUAGAACAGUAUCAGCUGUUUAUUGUUAUCGUUUUGUACACGCCGUCGCUUGACCAGCCGAAACAAAGGCACAAAAACGCAUUUAAAUAAUGCAUAAUUUUCAACAUUGAUUAAUCGAUAAGAAUCACAUUGUUUGCUAUACGUUGCAAUCGUUCUAGUUUGUGCGGUGCAUCGCUGAAAUACGCUAUAUAAUUUAAGGUUUGGUGCAAAAUGGGCAGAUCAAAGCGGUUGCAAUCACCACAUCGGAAAAACUCCACGACUAAGAGCUAUCACACGAAAUCGGUUCAAAGACGUCGAUCAUUGUUGACAUUAAUAUCGCCCGACGAUGUAACCGAAGGAACGUUACAAGUGUGGCGUAGUUUGCCAUCGAAAAUACGUCAAGAUCCCAGCCUGGCACCAUUUCAAGUGGAACACGAACGUGUCAAUGGAUCAACCUCAAAUGAGCCUGUUGCAGGUGGCAGCAACGAGUGCAUGGAAAAUGAUGAUGAGGACAAAAUUGAGAGCAAUUCGAUUCACAUACACGUCACGAACACAGAUGGGAUCGAUAAUCACUUGGAAGAAAUCAGUACAACGUACACAGUGAAAGGGUCAUCGCUAACCAAUAUAACGAAUGCAAGUCAUUCAACACGCUCAACGAGCUCACUCAAAAAUAGUGGCAGCCCAUUCCACAAGCAUCCCAAAGUGAUAUUUUUAUUUGCGUUAUGGUUCUGCUCAAUGGCAUUCAUGACCACCGAGUAUGAAAAGAAAAGCCAUCAAAAAUUACUGUCGAUCGAUGACACACAGACAAAAUCUUACCGAUUGCCAAAGAUUUACUACGGAGAGCAGAUUAUUCUGGGAUUGGAGGGUCCAUUUUUGCAAGACACAAAUGACAGUAUGCAUCAAGUGACCGUGCGGCUAAUGAGUGGAUCUCGUCCAAUCGAUAUGAUCGGAUACGAGUGGAAUAUCCCAAUUGCCGACCCAGACCAAGUUGACUAUACAUCGUUGAAAACGUUUCGCCGCACAUACAGUAUCGAUCAUAAUAUUUACACGCGCCAAAAACGAUUGGAGGUUCUAUUGAGAAAGAACACACCGGAAGGAUUGACGGUAAAUUUGCAUUUCAAUCCGACUCCGGUGGAUAUCCAUGUGGGCGCAGUCUGUGCUGGUCUUGUGCUACUAAUGUUCUAUGUACUGAUCAUAUACGAGAUUGUACAUCGAACAUUUGCCGCAAUCCUGUCAUCAAUAAUGGCUAUCGGACUGCUGUCCGUUUUGAACGAUCGGCCAGAUCUCAAGGAAAUCGUGCAAUGGAUGAAUUGCGAAACACUGCUAUUGCUUUUCUCAAUGAUGAUCCUAGUGGCAAUACUCACCGAGACCGGUAUAUUCAAUUACAUAGCCGUUUAUGCAUUCGAAAAGACAAACGGUCGCAUUUGGCCAUUGAUCUUCUCACUAUGCUUCAUAACCGCUGUCCUGUCGGCAUUUUUGCACAGUGUCACCACAAUUUUGCUAAUGACUCCGGUCACGAUAAAGCUAUGUGAAUGCUUGGGUUUGAAUCCGGUACCCAUUUUAAUUGCAGUCAUUCUCAAUGGGAAUAUCGGCGCGGCAGCAACACCAUUGGGCCAUGUGCCAAACCUUAUGAUCACGGGAAAUGCCGUGUUCUCGAAUAAAGGUGUCACUUUCAUUUCAUAUACGGUUCACAUGACCGUUGGUGUGGUGUUGGCUUUCAUUCAAACCUGCUUCUAUUUACGAUGGAUGUACAAAGAUAUGCACGAGCUACGCACAAAGGAACCACAAGAAGUGACUGAUUUACGGCGUGAGAUUGUCGUUUGGGAACGAACAGCCGCUUCACUCUCUACUUUGACCAGGGAAUCGCAGGUGGUACGCGAUACGCUCAUGAAGAAAGUGGCCAUUUUGCAAAGUAAACUCAAGAAAACGGUAUCAUCCGAAAAAUCCGUACCGAAUGAAACGUACAGACAAACGCUGGAAGAACUACAGAAAAGCUACCCGAUCAAGAAUGCAAAAUUGCUCGUGAAAUCCGGAAUCGUGCUGAUAUUCAUCAUUGCAAUGUUCUUUUUGCAAUCGAUACCAGAAUAUGAGAAAUUAUCGAUUGCCUGGUGUGCACUAAUUGGAGUCAUGUUUCUACUGAUUAUUGCGGAAAAAGAUGACAUGGAUGCAUUAAUGCAUCGAAUUGAAUGGACGACACUGCUAUUUUUUGCCGCAAUGUUUGUGACGCUUGAAUGCUUGGAGCGCUUAAGAUUAUUACAUUGGUUCAAUGAGCAAACGAUUAAUUUGAUUUCCACAUUCGAUGAUGCAAAUGUGCGGUUAGCGUUUGCGAUUGUCAUCGUCAUUUGGUUGUCGGGUUUGCUGUCCGCAUUGAUUGAUUCAAUUCCCGUCACGGCAAUGAUGAUCAAAAUUGUAAUUUUGAUAGCCGAAAAUGAGAGCCUCAAUUUGCCGGUUCAACCACUGGUUUGGGCAGUAGCGUUUGGCCCAUGCCUAGGAGGUAAUGGGACUUUGUACGGCGCUUCGGCGAAUAUAUUAUGCGCAGGAAUCGCUGAACAGCAUGGCUAUAAGAUUUCGUUCUCGAAAUAUUUCAGGAGAAGCUUUCCGAUAAUGAUUGCAAGUUUGAUUACCAUAACCGGUUAUCUCAUCGUUGCUCAUGUCAUAUUCCAAUGGCAUACGGCUUAAUGCUCUGUUCUAAAGCCAAACCAUUAGCUAAUUUGUUUGAAAUGUGAGCCAAAAAUUUCCAUAUAAACAUACACAAACAAUAACAAUGGAAAAACUGUAGAUCUAGCGUGCUAAGUUUAUCUAGAACAUAUUAAUGAUCUUCGUAUGUUACUUAAUUUUUUGGAUGUUUUUGUUAGACGUUUAUCAAACGUACUUAAGAGAAUUUAUGAAUAAAAUAUGCACAUAUAUUCUUGUAUCAAAGGAUCUGAAGGGCAAAGAAUGCUAGUCAAGAAACGCCUUUUUUGCAGACUUCAUCAAUGAACAAUAAAUAGUGAUUGUUGCUAUUCAAAA